CACCCUUCCUUCUCCUCCACACAAUAGAGGUGCCGGAGCGGAAGUUAUCUCCCUGCGGGGAGCUCUCUCCCCCGCCGACCUCUUGACACCACAAAGAGACGUGGCAUCCCCUGUCAUCCAUUCUAGCUUAUAUUCCAGCCAUCGGUACUCCUGACACAGUCUAACACCUAAUAAUCGAAAGCUGCAGGCGAAAGCAACUUCCUCUGCUGGCUGUGGACUCAAGAACAAAGAAACAACGGAUAGUUUGUUGUUAGACAAGUGUAGCUAAGCCAGACUUCGCAGCAGCAUCAGUCUCCGCCGCAGCAGCAGACGACCGACAUCGGAAACGCGGAUCCAAAUUUAGCCCCGGCGCCAUGACGUCACGCCCACCCUCGGCUCUGCGAAGCGUGGAUGGCGGCUGAGCGGCGCAGUGCAUCACAGACGCCUGCAGGCACCAGACGAAAGAUUCAGAAAGAAGUCCAUGAACACAAGCUUUGACUGGAGUAAUUCUUGAGGAGACAGCCUACGUCUGUUUGUUGUCUUGAGAGGAUUGUGUUCCCCUGAUGACUCACUGUCCAACAGGAUGCGCCUCGCCAAGAAAGCUCUUUUGUUGUGGAGCACUGCUGGCGUGGUUGUAGUCAUCAUACUGCUGCUGUGGAUCAAGAGGAACCCACAGCCAGAGGACAGGAAAUCGAGUCUCCGUCUCCGCUACCAAUCUGGCCAGCAUGGUUCUCCUAUCCAGCACGAAGGUCCGGCAGACAGGCUGAUUCUGCCCAAGCCAGAGUUCGACGACGUUAGUCUGAACAGUUCACACCGACCUCGACCAUUGCUGCGUCUGCUUGUGCUGACCUUUGACCGGGCACGCUCGCUGGCCAGAUGCCUGGAGUCGUUGAACGCUGCAGAGUACGACGGUCGCCAGGUGGUUCUGGACAUCUUCCUGGACCGCGCCCGCGAUGGACACGUGCACAAUGCCACCUUGGCUGUAGCCAGGAACUUCUCCUUCAAGCACGGCCACAGCCAGGUGCACGUGCAUUCACGUCACGUGGGCAUCUACGGGCAGUGGCUGGGCACGUGGCGGGUGCCGGCGGAUAACGAGUCGGAGAUCGCCGUGUUCCUGGAGGAUGACAUCAGCGUGUCGCCAUUCUUCGCGCGCUGGCUGUGGCGCGUGCACGCCAAGUACGACGUCUACCCAGCAGUGAACGGGUACGCCCUGCAAGGGGAGUCGAUACGUCAUGCUAUCAACUCGGAGGAGACACUGCUGGAGGGCCCACCAGGGGAAUCUGUUUUCCUGUACCCCGUGCUGGGUACGUGGGGAUUCUCCCCUAAUGCUGCACCAUGGAGAAGAUUUAUCCAAUGGUAUCAAGAAGUCAGCCGCCAACCCAAGUUUAUACCCCAUGUACCCGGGCUGAAACCAUCUCUUUGGUAUAGGCAGUUUCUGAAGGAAGGGCGUGAAGACUCUAUGUGGAGCAUGUGGCAUAUCUACCACUCGUACCAGAAUCAUCUUUACACGCUCUACCCGAACCUGCCAGAGAGGCAGGGGCUGUCACACAACUGGAAAGAGCCCGGCAUGCACUUCUCCUCUGAUGUGGCUAAAGAGAAGUCACGUGUCAACUUAAUGACUGUGUGGCGAGAAGAAGAUCUUCGACUACCGGAAAGUCCGGUUAUUUUAGAUGCCAAUGGCCACAUUGUGGGAAAACUAUCUCCGCCACCUUUGUACUAAAUGUUCCUUGAGUUUUUCAACGUGCAAUACUAGAAUAAGAGCCAGCGGGGUAGCAAGACUAUUGUAACAAGCGGAAACACAAGUUGAAGACCUGGCGCCCAUUGAAAACUGGGAUGACCUGUGAGAUUAUAGGCAUUGCCAUGCUUCAGUGACUCAACGGUUAUGACUUAAUUUUUGUAUAAGAAGGAUUUUACAUGCAAGGGAAUUUUUAAAGAUAUGGUUGGGGUCAAAGUUCACGAAUGGAAGACCUUACGACCAGUCCUGUGGCACGUACAGAGGGUUUAAUUCGAGUCGGUUUUUUUUGUUUGUAUUAUAACAAUUUUACCACUAGGCACCCGCGAGUCUAAACACCUUAACAACAAAAUCCAGUGUUAUCUGUGACAGGACGAAGCGUGACCCGCAGAGUCAACAGUCGUUUUCUCUGGCAGAUAAUCAAAGAAAUGACAAAAGGAAUGGGUCUGCAGACUAUUGUUACUUUGUACUCUUGGUGACGUGUACUCUGAAGCAUAGCUUUGGUGUAUUUUUAUCUACAUAUAUCCCAAGGCCAGCAGAGGCACUGUCGUCAACAAUAGUCGCUACGAGGAGUGAGAUUAGAAAUAAUUCAACUUCCUUGACUCUUGUGACAAUGCUCUUAAAGGAAUAUGGCAGCAGGUGUGUUUCGCCGAUCGUCUCCGGACCAAAUGUAAUUUAUUCGUGCAUACUGCCAGUAAUCUACUUCAUUGUUCAACAGUAACUCUAGAUUACGGUUUAAAAAGAAGACUAGGGGUCAGACUGGAGCCCUAACGACAAGCUUGUAACACUCAAACAUCACGGGACUUUGGAAGGAGGACUUCCUAACAUGACCGUGAGUUUGUGUGUGUGUGUGCGCGUGCGUGUCAUUCAUGACAGCUGAUUAUUGCAAACUUGACAUAGCUUGCUUAGAAACUGUCACUGAAACAUAUUAUCCCCAUUGAAGGCCUAAAGGAGUUUAUAUGACUGGGUAACGUUCAGAGCAAGAUACUACUUCCAUGUCUAUGCGAACACCCUCAUUUCCGUUCUUCAGCUACACACCUACAGACACCACGAUGAACAGAAAUGGGUAGGGAAAUAAUAACCACAAAUUUGAGUAUGUAGAGGCAUAAGUAAAACGCGAGCCUAGAUCACCAACUAAGCUGAGGUCUAAACAACAUAAGCAUAUUCUGUACAAUCCUGACUGUUGACCUUUUUCUCUACAUGGUGAGAUCUUUUUAUUGCUGUAGUUUGAGAACAGAAGGGGGUACUGUGCAUUGACAUGGCUUUUAUAACACCAUGAAACCGGUAAAAACAUAAAUCUAACCCUCAAAUUAACCCCAAUCCGAACACACACCCAAGUUCUGACCCUAAAGGUUGUCCCUUUUUACCCGUUUGGAAAAAGUGUCAUGGCGUUGCGGGCCCUCCUUAAGUUGUGCCAGUCCUUUUAUUGGGGAUCAUUCUGUCAGUUCAGGUAAUUCCGUCUUCUUCCACUACAAGGUUUUAUUUUUCUUCCUUUUAUCCUGGAUGAAUUAAAAAAAAAAAACAGUUUCAAUUUUUCAUGGUUUGGAUAUGUUUGUGCGAGAAAGACGAAAAGAAACAGGUUUUGUGAGGACGUGUAUCACAACUCGCAUGUUACAAUCACAGCGACUCUCGUGCUCCUAGUGCUGACAGCGGUAAAACACUGACAAUAACUCUCGAGAGGUCAUGAGAUCCGUUGAACACCAUAUAUAUCUUGUGACUAGUGCAGCAAAUGAUGACAAAGUCUGAAUAACAUUGAUGCACCUUCUCUGGGAAGUCAAGAGCGCUCUGUUAGCCGUUACAGUUUCAGUAUGACACUAGUCAUAAGAAAUGUAUGGAAGCUCGUGUGCUUGUACCUGUCAACAAACCACGAUAUCGGCAGUAUGGUGUGUAGGUUUAAAACACACGCAUGACUGCCUUCAAAUCUCACUGAAUGAUAAGUGCCGUUCAAUCCUUUCGGGUAAAAAAACAAGAACGUUUCAGCAUCUGACGAUCAAGGCAGCAACGAGUAUUUAAACCACAAUCAAACCAGUCACUGUAUAUAUAAUAUAUAUUGUACACUCUUUGGUCAAACCCCAAUACAUGAAUGUACUCAUACUAUGAAUAUGCGGUCGGGUACCCAAGCGACAACGCAGGUAUAAGCGUAGUCCACGCUAGGACAUAUGAUACGUUAACCCUUAUUCUAAAUACAGGAAUCGUCGUGAUUUCCAACAAACAUGUUAGACGGGAAAUCAUCAUAACAUCUGGUGGUUAGAGCUAGCAAACGGGAGGAUGCCGCAGGCAACAAAAAUAGAAUGUAAAUGAGCCAGCCUCGUCCCCUACACAAUACCCUGCUGUAUAGUUACAGAAAUCAUUUUGUAUGUAUGGAACAGAAUUGUAUAGCUAGAAUUCAUUCUGUAGUUACAGAAUGUA